GAAUCAGUGAUUGAAAUUUUUAGCUGAAGAUGCGUUGUUUCAAUAACUGAUUAAAAGUUUUGUUUUGUGAUAAGAACGCAGUGCAUUUACUCAAGUUAUACAAAAAUGAGAAUGACCAUGCUGCCAAACCUGCGCCACAUCCGGCAGUUCUGCUCGCGUUCACGCCUUCGCGAGUCACCACAGCAAAUCCGCAUUUUCUCAUGCAAAGACCGCGCCAAAGUCCCACUCCAACUCGCCAGUGAUCCCUCCUCCUUCGCAUCGUUCUACACGUGCGGCCCCACCGUGUACGAUUCGGCCCACAUUGGCCACGCCAGCUGCUACGUCCGGCUGGACAUUGUGCAGCGGAUUUUGCGGGACCACUUCCGGUUGCGGCUGGUGAGUGCCAUGAACAUUACGGACAUCGACGACAAGAUCAUCAAGCGAGCUGGUGAGGAUGGCCGGUCCUGGCAGGACGUUUCCCGACGUUACGAGCAGGAGUUUUGGGGUGACCUGCAGCGGUUGAACGUGCGGCUGCCGGACAUCCGGUUGCGAGUGACCGAUCACAUUCCGGCGAUUGUGAGCUUCGUGGAUACGUUGAUUCGGGAGGGGUUUGCGUACAAAUCGAGUGAUCAGUCGGUUUACUUUGAGACUUCGAGGUAUUCUCAGUACGGGAAGUUGCAGAACAUUCCGGCGGCAGAGGAAUCUGCGAGCGAGGGUAAGAAGAGUGCGGCAGAUUUUGCCCUCUGGAAGGCGGCGAAGCCUGGAGAACCUUCUUGGGAAUCUCCAUUUGGUCCGGGUCGGCCUGGAUGGCACAUUGAGUGUUCAACGCUGGCCACGCAGAUCUUCGGCAAACGGUUGGACUUCCACGCCGGCGGAUUGGACCUCCGAUUUCCGCACCACGAGAAUGAAGAAGCACAGAGCUGUUGCUACCACGGAGUUCAGGAUUGGGUGCAGCACUGGAUUCAUACCGGGCAGUUGCACCUGGAAGGUCAAACGGCCAAGAUGUCCAAAUCGCUGAAGAAUACGAUCAGCAUUGGUGAGCUGCUGGAACGUUCGUCGGCGGACGAGUUCCGGAUGCUGUGUCUGCUGUCGCACUACCGAAGUGCGAUCGAGUUCGGCGAUCAAUCCAUGACGGUGGCCACGAACGUGCUGCGAAAGUUCCACUCGUUCUUUGACGAUUCGAAGGCUUACGUGGGUGGGGUAAAACCAGCUACCGCUAUAGAUUCUGGAGAUCUUCAGAAAACCCUGCAAGAAAUAGAUCUGAAAAUUGACGAGUUCCUGCGAAACGACUUCAACACUGCCAGCGCGAUAACUUCCCUUGGAGAUCUCGCCUCAGUCGUCCACAAAUCGAUCAACCAAAAACCCCCGGAAGCGGUGCAAGCUUCCGAGUCGGGAACAGUUCAAGCCGUAACCAACUACAUCCGGGACAAGCUGAACCUAUUUGGACUGGAAUCGUUUAGCCAGAGUAGUAAGUCCGGAACCAACUCGAAAGGUCCCGACAUUACUGGCCAAAUUAUUGACAGUGUGGUAAAGAUUAGGAAUUCUGUUCGAGGUCAAGCGAUCGAGAGCAAAGAUCGUCGAUUGUUUGCCGUGUGUGACCAGAUGCGGGAUCAGCUGAAGCAGGCUGGAGUGGAGGUGAAGGAUCAUGGACGAAAUUCGUCGUGGAGCUUUGCGAAGCGGUGAAGUUUAUUAAAUGCGGUUACUCAAUAAAAGAGAAUUU